AUGCCUUCUCUGCGGCGGCGCAACGGUCGCAGGGCUGCCUGUGAGGCCUGUCGCAGACGGAAACUAGCUUGUGACCACAAUCAGCCGACAUGUCAUCGAUGCCAGAAGCAUUCACUCGAAUGCAUCUACCUGUCACAGUCGAACAGAACAAAAUGCGGGAUCUCGGAGGGAGCUCCACGAUCACUUGCAGGAUCAGGUGCCCCCUUUUCUGAGGUGCAUGCAACAUCCGCAGAGAACCACCGGGUUGCGGACCGGAGCACGCCCCUAAUCGACAGCCCGAACGAGUACCUGGGACCAACGAGCUUUACCUCGGUCUUUGUGGAGCAUGGUGAUUGUUUUGAGUUGGUGGAUACGAACAGAACUUCAGAAAUAAGACGAGACUCGGCUCCAGACCCCCAAGUUGACACACCACUUGUGCAGCUCGGCGCCCGUAUUCUGAGCCAGAUACCGGAGGAGCACGACUGCUCCACACUCUUCUCGAGCCACAUCAACCCCAAUGAUGGCUGGGUCCGACUGGCAGGGCGUCACUCAUUGGACAGAAUGUGGGACGCUUUCCGUCCGGCGCUACGACGACGGUCGGAAGAAGACAUGCUGGAAACUGCUACAAUUCUCACGCGGAAUAGCAAAACCCCGCUACAAAGGAAACAGGAUCCGCAGGCCUGGCUGACCUCCUUUACAGGGACACAGAUGCGAUGGGAAACUAUUGGCAUCCUGUAUACCUAUUGGGCUUGCGGAGCAAUCUCCUCGUCGUCGGAGAGUCAAGCUGUCGCCCGGUAUUGUCAGGGACAUUCAUCUGUCACGAACACCAAACAAUUGAUGGCUCGUUUUAAACACUGUGCGUUGUUAUGCAUCGAUCUAUGCAAACAGCUUGGCUCCGUCAAUCUUCUCUUCGUGUAUCUGUUGUACAAGCAUAAUAUCCUGGAGGGAAUCUUGAGCGGGGACAAGAGUUUCUCCCACUGGACACAGCACGGCGAGCUAGUUGCCGUAACCACUUCACUCGGACUUCAUCGCGAACAUUCAACAGAGACAGAAACUAUUAGUCUCCAACACGAACUCAAGAGGAGGCUGUAUGCCGCUGUUUUCAACAUUGACAAGGUCAUUUCGACCUUCACUGGGCGACCGCCUCUUUUGAGUCAAGCAUAUUCAUCUACCAAACUGCCACUAGAUCUGAGUGAUGAUACCUUGCUAUCUGACAAUUUCCCAUCUGCCGCUGCGCAGCUAGACCCCAACGGAUGGAACACAGACAACCAGAUCUACUCUACUACAAUUCUCCGAUCCCGCACAAGCUUCGCCCGGAUCCGCCAUGAAAUCUUGGAGCUUUUGGAAGGUUCGAUGGAUAAUCUGGCUGAUGGAUCGGUCGAUAAAGCCAUGAAACUAAAGCAACGAACCCAUAAUACAUACACGCAACUUCCAUCGAUAAUUCAAUUCGAGAAGUCCGAGCUCGGCAAGACCAACGUUCCCGGAUAUGUCCUCUACGCACAGAUACUCACGCGUCUCGAAUUUCUUCUGAAUUUAUUCUUGUUGGAACGGCUGUUGAAGCGACACCACAUCGUCACCGAGCAAGACCUCGUCGAAGUGAGUCAUGAAAUGCUGGACUUGACGUUGAUCUUCUGGAAGAAGAAAGACCGGUUUGUUGGUCUAUACGCUGACUUCGAGUGGCUGACCAUGUCAUACGCUGUUCCAGCCAGCGGCAUCCUCUGUCUGCAGCUGCUGCGACAAGCCACCAAUCCGCAUAGCUAUCAGACACGCCUUCCACGAUCGGCAAUCAUUCAGAAUCUUAGUCUGCUGGUACUGUGUCUGGACUGGAUUGAGACGGAGGCUUCUUGCAGGAGCAUGGUAUCUUUCAUCCGAGGGAUCCUGGGUCGAUCUAUGGACCGGAUAUUGGAUCCUGAACCACCAGGGGCUGAGCAGCUACAAUCUGUCGGGUCGUUUCCAAAUGAUGGGCUUCUGCAAUACCCGCAUUUAGAGCUUCUGAACACGUUUGACUGGGUUGACUGGGAUGGAGGUGUUGGCGGUUGAAGCUUCAGGGGAAAUAAUCAAGAUAAACUAUACCCAAGCGGAUUACCUGCCCUAAUGAGAAGAGCUGUAGAACGAGUCAGCUUGUCAGGCCAACAAUCUAACAAGCGCCAGUUUAUAGUCAAUGUCCCGACUAAAAACAGGAACACAGAUCGACAGAAUAUUAUUGGGCCAGGUUUCUAGGCCUAGGCAGAGGCUUCACGAAGGGAGACGACAAUGAAGUGAGAAGCUUCACCUUCUUAUUAUCACGCGAUUGUGAUAAUGUACUAAGGAGUCGGUGUAAGUCGUUUUAAGGCCCAUGCCUCCUUCACCCCACCAUUCAUUCUUCAUAGUUUUGCAGAUUCAAACACUACUACUGGGCCCGAUAUAUCUGCCGUCAGUAGCAUUCAUUAUCUAAAAG